GGGAAAGUGAAAAAGAAAGAGAGAGAAAGUAUUGGAGCAACGCUGGGAUUGCUAGCUCACACAGACACACACACACACACAUACAAGGAAAACAAGAACGAUGAGGGAAGGGCUGGGUCUGCUGGUGUUUCUUCUGUGCCUCAGCGUGGUCGUCUGCAGCCAUGCCUCUGUGCUUGUGGAGCGCAGCCACCGACGGCAACUCUCCCUCCACAGGCAUCGCGAGAAGGGCAAGGAGGGGCAGGUUCUUCACCGUUCCAAGAGGGGCUGGGUGUGGAACCAGUUCUUCGUCAUCGAAGAGUACACAGGACCAGACCCUGUGCUGGUAGGCAGGCUCCACUCAGAUGUUGACUCUGGUGAAGGGAAAAUAAAGUACAUUCUCUCAGGAGAAGGAGCGGGCACCAUUUUUGUUAUUGACGACAAGACAGGGAAUAUUCAUGCUACAAAGACGCUGGACCGCGAGGAACGUGCUCAAUACACGCUGACUGCCCAAGCCGUGGCCCGCGAUACUAACAAGCCGCUAGAGCCACCGUCAGAGUUCAUCGUAAAGGUACAGGACAUCAACGAUAACCCUCCUGAGUUCCUGCACGGCCCCUACCAUGCCAUGGUGUCUGAGAUGUCCAAUGUGGGUACCUCGGUCAUGCAGGUGACAGCGUCCGAUGCUGACGACCCCACAUAUGGAAACAGUGCAAGACUUGUGUACAGUAUAUUGGAGGGGCAACCUUACUUCUCAGUGGAGCCACAUACAGGGAUUAUCAGGACAGCCCUACCCAACAUGGACAGAGAGGCCAAGGAGGAAUACAAUGUUGUCAUUCAAGCCAAGGACAUGGGGGGGCACAUGGGGGGCUUGUCAGGGACCACCAAAGUGACAAUCACACUGACAGAUGUCAAUGACAACCCACCAAAGUUUCCACAGAGCGUCUAUGCUAUGUCUGUCUCAGAGGCCUCAGUCCCUGGCGAGGAGGUGGGUCGAAUCAAGGCGAAAGACCCCGAUAUGGGUGAGAAUGGCCUGAUCUCAUACCGUGUGCUGGAAGGGGAUGGUGCUGACGUUUUUGAGGUUACCACUGACUCACAGACUCAGGAGGGGGUAGUCAAGCUCAAGAAGCACGUGGACUUUGAGACCAAAAGGGCAUAUAGCUUGAAGGUGGAGGCAUCAAACCUGAUCCUAGACCCACGGUUUCUCAGCUGGGGGCCAUUCAAGGACACGGCAAUGGUGAAAAUCACGGUAGAAGAUGCAGACGAGCCCCCUCUUUUUAACUCGCCUGGGUACACCUUUGAGGUGCAGGAGAACUUGCCUGCCAACACUGUGGUGGGUCGGGUUCAUGCCAAAGACACAGAUGCUGCCAACAGCCCCAUUAGGUACACUAUUGACCAGCACACCAAUCUGGACCGCUUGUUUAAGAUUAACCUGAACGAGGGUACCAUCCAGACCACCAAACCGCUGGACCGGGAGGCCAUGGCCUGGCAUAACAUCUCCAUCAUCGCUUCCGAAGCCCGUGCAGUGGACCCUCGUCAAGAGGCCAAAGUUCAUGUUGCCAUCAAAGUCCUAGAUGUCAAUGACAACCCCCCUGAAUUUGCUGCCCAUUAUGAAGCAUUUGUAUGUGAAAACGGCAAGUAUGGCAAGCUGAUUCAUACCGUCAGUGCAAUGGAUAAGGACGAGGCAGCCAACGGACCCCGCUUUCUCUUUGAGUUAGCUCCAGAGGUCGCAAACAACCCAAACUUCACUGUCCGGGAUAACAGAGUUGACAUACAUGAUUGUGCAGGUCAGAUGAUAGGUGAAGAAUCCCUUGUGAACUUGCUGCUGCCUAUCUCCUCAGACAGCACAGCAGGGAUCUAUGUGCGCCGUGAAGGCGGGUUCAGUCGACAGAAACAGGACCUCUAUCUUCUGCCCAUCGAAAUUAAUGACAAUGGCAACCCUCCACUGAGCAGUACCAACACCCUCACUAUCCGCGUGUGUGGCUGUGACAGUGAAGGCACACUGCAAUCCUGCAACGUGGAGCCCUACAUCCUGCCUGCGGGACUUAGCACUGGGGCCCUCAUCGCCAUUCUCGCCUGCAUCGUCAUCCUACUUGUGAUUGUUGUGUUGUUCGUGGCACUGCGGCGGCAAAAGAAAGAGCCGCUCAUUGUGUUUGAGGAGGAAGACGUGCGGGAGAACAUUAUCACCUAUGACGACGAAGGCGGUGGAGAGGAGGACACAGAGGCCUUCGACAUUGCCACUCUGCAGAACCCUGAUGGUGCCAACGGUUUCCUUCCACGCAAAGACAUCAAGCCCGAGCAGCAGUACCCAGCUCGACCUGGCCUUCGGCCUGCACCAAACAGCGUUGAUGUGGACGACUUCAUCAAGACCCGCAUCUCUGAAGCGGACUACGACCCCACAGCACCCCCGUACGAUUCUAUCCAGAUCUACGGUUAUGAGGGCCGCGGCUCCAUUGCCGGCUCACUCAGCUCGCUAGAAUCGGCCACCACAGACUCCGACCUGGACUACGACUACCUCCAGAGCUGGGGUCCUCGUUUUAAGAAGCUGGCGGAUCUGUAUGGCUCCAAAGACAUGGCCGAUAACGAUGACUCUUAACGGCUGGAACCUUGUUUUUGUCUGCACCCCUUAAGAUAAUGUAGCAUAUUAUGUACUAUAAGUAUAAAACCAGUAUACCGCUGAUAUAUUUACAGUGUACUUUUUGACUGAAGUCAAAUUAUAGUGUACUACAUUCUAAUAAGGGGUCAGACCUUGAAGAGACUCCAAUUCUGAGAAGCCAAAAUAAAUAAAAUCCUCAGUAGGAUGUAUUGACCCCCACACACACACACACACACACAUGGACACACACACAAACCAUUGUAUCAAUUGAAUAGCUCUGUAUUUUCCUUUUUUAUUAUUAUAAUUAUUAUUGUUAAGAGAUCAGUUUCUAUUUAAUGAAGCCGAUGAGGGCCAGGUGUAAGACCACAGGUUUAUACUGUGAAGGAGCUCACGAAGGAAAAAUGGUUGCCUUACAUCAAAAAGAGCAGGAGUUUUGAGGACUUCUGCAGUACUCCCAUUACCCUGUUUAUAAACACUUUGUUAAUCUGAAGAAGGACAAUAAAGAAACACGCAUUAUACUCUGUUUUUAAACUUCAGAAGACAAAGUCCCUUUCCUUACUGCAAAAUGAAUACUUAAUCAUGAAGAGAAAGCUGUGAGCUCAAAUAUCGCCUUAAAUAAUGAACAAUCCUGCAGCGUAGUGCAUUUUUUAACUUAAAAAAUAAUCAUAAAGCAAGCUAAAAUCCAUAUAAUGUAUGUACAGAACAACAUGCAGGUAUCUCUCCUGAGGAUCAAACUUGCGCCUAUUGAUUCUUGUAAUUUUUUUUAAAUU